AAUUACCAAUAAGCUUUUCCACUGUCUUCUUGUUGAAUCUUGGCGUCUAAGGACCGUAUCACUUCCUUGAUGGAAGGGCUAAACAAUAUUCUGUCCUUGUGAGUUGUCUAGUGUGCAAUGCUACUACACAUUCUAGUCCAUAGUCUCAGAAUUGAGAGACCCCUUGAUUUUGCGAAGUAACUAAACUUUAUCAUAAAAAAACAUAGUUUAUGUGUUGGUUAUAUUUUAUUCCUAGUGAAGUUUCUAUACCACAAAAACAUAUAUUGCUUGGAAGUUAGUGAUCAAAGAGCAAGAAGCAGUUCAAGUAUCCCUCAUGGGGAAAGUGCAAGGCUUUAGCCUUCGAUCCUUUGGUGGCUGCUUUGAUAGUUGUCGUGACCAUAGUCAAGGCUCUGGUUAUGGGACAAGGAUAUGGAACCUCAGUGAUCGACCGGUGGAGCUGCAAAUAAGGGUGGGAUCAAUACUGAAGAAGAUUCACACGUUGAAGCCGGGGUCUUCUAAAAGACUGAAAUGUAAAAGCAUAUAUAAGGCUUAUAUUCCUGGAGGGAGUGGCAGUGUUGGUGGGAGCUUGAAGAGCUUAUUGUAUUACUAUGAUGAAACAUGUCAACCUUAUAUUUUGAUUCGUGACACAGGGUGUCAAUCCUUAAGGAUGGCUAAGCAACAGUAUAUUAGCCUUGAGGAUCUGAGGGAUUCUUCUGAGAUUAAAGUCUUCUGGGAUCAUCUGAGAGGUUCUAUAUCAGUUCGUACGAGAACAAGGCCGGAUUUCUGCUGAAUUUGAAUUUCACUCCAAGCUUAUUUUUCAAGUUUGUUUGUCAUGAGUUAGAAAUUCAAGUUUUGUAUCUUGGUUUUUUAUUUCAUUCUGGGUUUCUACUUUCUACCUCCCCACACCCCUUUCUUCCCCAUAUUGUGUGCUACAAUGGGUCAUGAUCACGCGUUUCAUUAUCGUAUAUUGAUACCAAUAAGAAUGAACUUCCUGAUCACACUUGAUGUGGUUUUUGUUAAAAUGUAGUUCUUUUUUUCUGUU